UUCAGCUCAGAUCUCUUCAACACCUUCCUCACAUUAUGAUAACUGAGCAGGGCCGUGUUAGCAUACCUACCGUAAAAGAUGGGCAAGAAUGGCCCUUUCUCUUUCGAAUCUACCUCAGCUGCGUCACCUGGACUCUUCGCAAGCUCAUAGCAUAUCUGACCGGUCCAAACGAAGGUCAUGAUCUGGAAGUUAAAAUCAGCACCCCGGGAUUGGGAGCGGGGUAUGUGAUCUGUAACGUGUGGCUACCCCGACCUGUGGACGAAAUCCAAACAAAACAUCCACUGGUGUUAGUUCUGGAAGGCGGUGGCUUUGUCCUAGGACAUCCUAAGGAUGGACGGUUAAAUAACCGUCGAAUUGUUGAACAGACCGGAGCCAUUGUCAUGUCGGUCGAUUACGCCAAAGCGCCCAGAUACCCUUACCCUCACGCUUUGUUGCAAGCAUAUGGAGCGCUGCAGUGGGCCCUGACGUGCUCGGCUGCCCAUGAAGGCAUCCAUAUUGAUCCCCGCCGGGUCGCGAUUGGAGGAAAUUCUGCCGGUGGCAAUUUGACAGCAGCUUUAUCUCUAUUAGUAUCCUUUCGAAGUGGCCCUUGCUCCAUCUUUAGAAAGGGCUUACCACUGGCUUUUAAGCAGGUUUUACAUUUCAUGCUUUAUCCCAGCCUUGAACUGUGCUUGCCGUACGAUCUUAGGCUCGCCCGGUCCACAAUUGGUGCCCAGAAGGAAAGCCUACCCGCUUGGAUGGCCAUGGCAAUGGAGCGGUCGUAUUUGCCGCCAAAAGUCUGCAAGGACGACAUCUUUGUAUCUCCCGUCGCUGCUGGUGUAGACCUGCUCCGUGAACUAGAUGUUCCACCUGCUGUACUGUUCACCGGUAGCCUCGAUUGCCUCAAAGAGGAGGGCUUCAGUUACGCCCAAAACCUUGCGAAAAGCGGCAAGGAAGUUAUUUUCCACGAAUUCCAAGGCGGUACUCAUGGAUUUUCAAACAAACCGAAGGAGAGGACUUCGGGGGCGCAGAUCAUCUACGAGGAAUGUUGGUCCAGAAUAUGUCAUUCUCUUCGAGACGCCUUCUCUUAGUGUCACUCAGCGCAAGAGAUGGCUAUUUCCAACAGGCAAAGUUGAACUGACAACAGGGCAUUGAAGCGGCAGUAUUCUUCAUUUAGAUAUUUAUAUUUUUGCUUGCUGGAUUUACUAUUCUUACUGAAAGUUUAACUAUUAAUGUAUGAAUUUAUACAUACUUGGGAAUAUAGGAAGUUAAACUAUUAAUCGUUAAAAAGAAUAUUUUGUUUA